AUGCAUCAGAAGAAAAACACCGAGCAAGAGGGAGAAGGCUGGGGCACGUACUAUCGUGUCCAUCUAGUGGACAGCUGCGCACAGCGUGUCACCAAAGAAUCACCGAUCAAGGAAUGGGGCGGAGCUCCGUUCGCGGCCCUUAAGAGGGCAAUUAGGAUAAUUGGAUGCCCGAGAAGCGGGAGGAUUCCGAAGGACAUGCUUGAAAAAUUACAGAUCUUACGGGAUGCGUAUUAUGGCGAGGAAGAUAGGGAGGCGCAGGUUGCGGUGGAGAAGGAAUAUGGGCUCGAUCCAUUUGCCGAGCCGGAUGAUGAUAUGGAUAACUUAGAUGAUUGUGGUGACGACGAAGGCGACAACAGUGAUGAGGAGGAGAAUGAGGAAGAUAUUGAGGAAGAGUCGGCUCCGCGAAGGAAGAAAAGAAAGAGAGCGCAUUUAUGGAAGCGGGGAGAGACGCCCGACCAAGCUAGCUUCGAUUACACCAAUUAG